AUGUUCCGCCCAAGACAGCGUCAUCAAUACACUAAUCCACAAAUUGCUAAAAUCAAGCGCUAUUUUGGAUUUGUUAUGGGUCUCCUAAUUGGAUUUGCCUUAGCUUGGAUAUUAUUCCUUUCCAGGAGAGAAUCUUACACAGAAACUGACGCUAUCAGCAAACAAAUUACAAUUGAUGUUUGCACUAAGCAACAAUGGGAAACUGGCCACUAUAAAGAAGCUAUUUUCAUUGAUUCUGAUUUGUUUUCAGAGCAAUUCCAAAAUAUUUUAACAAAUAAGGAUAUUCCUGUAAAUGUUUACGCAAGGGAACAAUCUGUUCUUGAUAGAGUUGUUAAAGAGUUGCAAGCAUACGGCUACCAAGUUCAAUCUUCUAAAAUUUGGACUAACUAG